AUGUGGCUCCGCGACAGCGCCAACCAGCUUCAGUCGUACAAGCCCAUCCUCGGCCUGCGCUCUGCCGGCAAGGCCAACGGCAUCGCCUCCCUCUACCGCGGCGCCAUCAACCUCCAGGCCCGCUAUAUCCGCAAGUAUCCCUACUGCAACUCCUUCCAGCCCCCCCCCGAGGCCAAGAUACCGCCCAAGCAUGCGAAGCGCGACAUCUCGAAGCGAGCCGAUGUCGUCAACCCGCCCUACGAUCCCAACGUCGUCUUCGAGUGCAAGUACGAGCUCGACUCGCUCGCCGCUUUCCUCCAACUCUCCUGGGACUACUUCGAAGUCACCCGAGACCUUGACUUCUUCCUCAAGUUUCACUGGGCCGACGCCGUCAAGACCAUCCUCCAGCUGGCGAGGGACAUGAGCAACGGGACGUACGGGCCGGACGGCCAAGUCCUCAAGUCGCCCUACACAUGGAUUCGCGACGCCAACAGCGCCACCGAGGUCGUCUCCAACAGCGGCACCGGCAACCCUGUCGCGGGAAACCUGGGUCUCGUCCGCAGCUUCUUCCGUCCCUCUGACGACGCCACCAUAUUCCAGUACCUUAUCCCCGCCAACAUGAUGUUCUCGCGCUUCCUCAAAGCCUGCGUCGACAUCAUGAACUCGAUUGACAAGACAGUGGCCGCCGAGAUGAGCCAGCUCGCCGAGAGCAUCACCGCCGCCGUCAACGAGCACGGCAUCGUCGACCAUCCCGAGUAUGGCCAAAUGUACGCCUACGAGGUCGAUGGCUUCGGCUCCUCCAACCUCAUGGACGAUGCGAACAUCCCCUCGCUCCUCAGCAUCCCCCAUCUCGGCUACAAGCCCGCCUCGGACGCGGUCUAUAAACGAACCCGCGACUUUGUCCUCAGCAAUUCCAACCCGUACUUUGGCUUCGGACCGGUCCUCAACGCUACCGGCGGUCCUCAUCUUGGCCCCGGCAUGGCGUGGCCCAUGGGCGUCAUCAUGCAGACCAUGACUUCCGACGAUGACGACGAGAUUGUCCACGGCAUCAAGCAGCUCAUGGCCUCUACCAGCGGACUCGGGCUCAUCCACGAGUCGGUCAAUACCCACGACGACACGAAAUGGACGAGACCCUGGUUUGCCUGGGCAAACGGUCUAUUUGGCCAAAUGAUUCUGGAUCUCGUCGAGAGAAAGCCUCAGCUUCUGCUCAAGAGCUUCCAGAAGUAG